GCGAUCAGCUGAACACUGGCUGUGGCUGUAGUGUGUGUGGUGGAGUCGUCAACCCAACAAUGACAUCGCUUGUGUCUUCCAGCAGCUGUCACAUUACCUUACUGCUCGACCCACUCACGUAAACUGUGGCGACUACGAGUACAGGUGGAGGGAAGGAUUUGUAAGAGAAGAGGUCAGUGACACCGAGGAUGAAGGGCUAGUUCCAGUGUAAUGUGACGGGAGGUGAAGAUGAUAUAUCGGCGCGUACAGUGAAGUGUCAGUGUCAGUGUCAGUGCCAGUGUAAGUGUUAGUGUUAGUGUGCUCCACCGCGAUGUUCACCUUCCACAAAUACGAUAUCUGGGAGAUCUCGGACUACGAGCAAGCCCGGAAACAAUACCAGAAUCGCCGCAGGCCAAAGACAGAAAGCGAGUGCUCAUGUACGGAGCGGAAUGAGGAGACGACCCGACUGACGGAGGGGGGAGAGGGGGAUAUGUCUCCCCCUCAGGACGAUGACAACUUGUCCUACUGCGAGUUCCACGACAUCCCUCCCCCGCCGGACGGAGGCUAUGGCUGGGUCAUAGUGUUCGCCAGCUUCCUGUGCAACAUGAUAGUAGACGGCAUUGCUUACACUUUCGGAGUCUUCCUUGGCGAGUUUGUCAAUUACUUUGGCGAGGGCAAGGGCAAGACUGCGUGGGUGGGCUCCCUCCUCUCCGGCAUGUACCUUAGUGUUGGCCCUGUCGUGAGUGCCCUAACAAACAAGUAUGGGUGCCGCACUGUCUGUGUUCUGGGCAGCAUCAUUGGCUGUGCAGCAUUUGCUCUUAGCACUCUAUCACCCAAUGUCAACACUCUUAUGUUCACCUAUGGUUUUAUGGGAGGCAUCGGCUUCGGCAUGAUCUACUUGCCAGCCGUGGUCUGUGUGGGCUACUACUUCGAGACCAAGCGUUCUCUGGCUACCGGUCUCGCUGUCUGUGGCUCGGGAUUCGGCACGUUUGUGUUUGCUCCCCUUGCCACUAUGCUGCUGGAGAACUUUGACUGGAAGGGAGCCAACCUCAUCCUUGCAGGGCUCAUCCUUAACUGUGCUGUUUUUGGAGCACUAAUGAGGCCCUUAGAAUUUCCCAAAGAAGGCCCAAGCUGUAAGCCACUUCUACUUAGAAUGGCUGAUGAGAAAAGAUUUCAGAUGGAACGAGGCUCAAUUGGCGGCUCAUACUUUAUAGUGCAGCUACCAGAUGGUAGCAUGGAGAAGAGGAUGAAGAUGCCUAUCAACAUUGACCCUGGUGUCCAUUCCAGCUUCAACCUUGACCAGCUUGUCCCUGGAACUCCCAUCACUCCAGUGCCCACCAUGGCGGUGUUGCCCACUAUCACCGAGGCCAAAGUCACAGAGCAGAGUGGCUCAAGUGGUAAUUCAGACAAUGGUAGCACACCUGACCUGAAAGCUACUGAUAACAAACAGAAGAAGAAAAUAGAGCCUCCCAAGAAAACAGAAGAGGAGGUAAAAGAACCUCGAACGAAAAAAACGUCUUUAACAGAGUUUCAGAACCGUCAGGCGGGAGCCAUUCCAAGAAAUGCUUCUCAACCGGCGUUUACAACGUCGAACCAAGGUCUUCCAAAAAAUGGAUCCGUGCCAUUCUUUGACAGGAUUCGUAAAACCAGUCAAGGCGAACGUUACAAGCCUACUUUACAAGCAAUUCGAGUUUCAAGAGGCAAUAUGAACUCAAAUGGAGAUGUUCGAAAAUCCCUCCACCUCCGUCUUUCAACUGCUUCUGUGGUUGGCAGUAAAAACAACAACUGUGAUGAUAUGGCUACAUCUAAAACAGAUAUGGACAACGAGAGUGUCAACUUCACAAUGUCCCGCCUCAGUAUUCAAACACGCAAGGAGCUGGUGCGACCGAUGUCUCGCAAGGACAUCUUUUACUCGGGUUCAGUUGUGAACUUGCCAGAGUAUCAGUCCCAGCGCUCUCUAGCUGGAUACCGCCAGAGUGUGCUCUCCCUACCCCAGUACAGCACCAACCGUGUCAAUGAUGUCGAGAAAGCUUCUCCGGAGCUCUGCCCCUGCCUCACUCUACCAGACUCAAUCAAGGGAGUAUUGGCCUCCAUGCUGGACUACAGUUUGCUCAAGAACCCUGUGUUUUUGUUCAUUGGCAUCAGCAACGUGUUUGGUAUGGCAGGCUUGUACGUUCCAUUCGUGUACCUGGUUGAAUGUGCCAUCAAGGAGGGUAGUAUAGAGGAACAGUCUGCAUCAUUUCUGCUAAGUAUCAUCGGCAUCACCAAUACAGUGGGGAGAGUUUUCUGUGGCUGGGUAGCUGACUUCCCGUGGGUCAACUCUCUGCUGCUCAACAACAUCAGCCUGAUGGUUACCACUGUUGCAGUCUUCUACUUCCCCCUGUGUGCUAACUAUACUCAGUAUAUUGUCACUGCUGUAAUUUUCGGCUUGGCGAUAUCCGCCUACAUCUCUCUGACCUCCAUUAUAUUGGUGGACUUGCUCGGUCUGGAUAAGCUGACCAACGCGUUUGGUCUCCUAAUCCUGUUCCGUGGGGCGGCAGCCAUCGUCGGUUCCCCGAUUGCCGGGAUGGUCUACGAUGCCACUCUUUCAUACAAAUACCCGUUCUUCAUGGCAUCGGGCUUCUUCUUGCUGUCGACAAUAGCCAGCUUUGUGGCACCACUGCUCAAGAGUUGUUCGCCCCAAGAGGAGCCACCUGCCCCAGGUGAUGCCCUCACGCCCAUCGAUGAGGAUGAGGAAGAGGAGGAGGGGGAAGGGGAGGAGCUGGCUAACAUCCCCGAGAUAGUGGAGACGGCUCCUAGCCCUGUGGGGCCUCAGCCAACCAAACCUCUUCCUGUGGAGAUCAAACAGAUAGAAUCCGUCUUGUGAAACCUUGGCUCAGCCAACCAAACGAAAAGCUUUAUUUAUAGCUUAUAGCAAUUUUAUCUAAGGAUUCUGUGGAAACAUAAUAUUAUUUCGAUAUAAAUAAUGUCAGCGUCCAGAUAUAAGUCCUGUUACUUUGAUUUACACAUGUUUAAUCCUAAUUUUUUACAAUUUUACCUUUUUAAUACUUCAAAAUUUUAUUUAUUCCCAGAUGUUUAUAAGUCUGGGUUUGUUUUCAGGGUUAUAUGUAUUUAUACUCUAAAUUUAUGUGUGUUUAGUAAAAGUAAUAUUAGUUACUUCAAAUUUUUUUAUGCAUGACAUUUAACUUUUAAUUAUUUAUGAUUUAACGAUAAAUCAAGCCAUAUGAUCAUCGCUAUAUUGUUAAGACUGUAAAAUACAGAAGUAGAAAAGAAUAUUUAUGUUAUGUAUAUAUUUUGUAUUUAUAAUUAGAUUUUACUCAUCCUACCAACAGGUUCUAUAUUUUAGCUACGGGAGCUGUUGAUUGUCAUUAUGUUUUACAGUUUUUUAAGUGGCCAUAUAAUGUUUGAACGUUUUGUGGUAAAUGCGUGUGAUGCACUCUGUGGAACAUGAUUAUCUGUGAUAUAACAAAUUUUCAGUUGCUUCAUUAUGUCAGGAAUUACUUGGAAUACUUUCAGUCAAAAUUUAAGUGACAUGAUUUAUGUUGUUAUUCAUUACAAAGUACAAAGUGCUUUACUGUUGAUUAAUUUAUCAUAAAUAAAAAACAAAGUUAUUUACUUUUCCUGCUCUUAAUCAAAGUCCAUAACAGUGUAUUUUGCACAUAUAAGUAUUUUUUAUUACAGAAACACAACACAAAGUUUAAAUCCAUAUAUCACUGUUUGUUUAGAGUUGUUUGAUACAUCAUUAUAUUUAUUAGUAUCAAUGUUCUUUGAUUUUUUUUUCAAAAUGUUCUGACUUUUUGAAGUGAGCUGAAAGUUUAAUGACGGUAGAAUUACGUCAUUGGGCCAUUAUUGUGAGGUGGAUUACUUGAUGUAAGUUGUAAGAUUUAGUGAACCAUAUCAUUUAUCUACUCAUUUUUCAUGGAAGUGUUUGCAGCUCAGUCAGUGUUAUUUUGUUAUAGAGUGAACAAAGUGUGAUGGUGCCAUUAAACUUUUAAAACAAUUUACUGAUAAUGUGUGUAUUUAUAGAAUGAAAUCCAUUUUACAUGACAGUUUUAUUUAAUUAAAUAAAUCAAAGUGUUGCAUAUAUUAUUUAUGUUUACGUGAGCACAAAACAUUUACACAUUCUACUAACAGUCACAAUUUAAUUUAAGUUUUGUGUUUAUAUACAACCUUAACGUUCAAUGUGUCUAGAGUUUCACUUAUAGUUUAUAUUUAGCUGCGUUUUAAGUUACGUUAGUCGUUACAAAGAUUUAUUUUGCUAUAGGUGCGUAAUGCCUGCAUUACAGUAAAAAUAAAUGUGUAAAUAAACUAUGUUAAAUGUAUAGUAAGGUAGUAGCAUGUGAUCUUUCAUCUAAUAAGCCAAAUGAUUAAAUUAAGAGAUGUUUUGACAAAUAUUUUUCUAGCAAACACAGCUUACUUUUAAGUGUUGUUAGUUUGAGAACCAAUAAGCCUCUUGCCUGAAAUUGCUUGAACAAUCUGUUCAUAGCAGUGUAUUAGCAGUAGAUAUAAAUUUCAGUUUAUUUCAAAUAUUGUGUACAAAUGAUGCAGUUACCACAGUUAUUUUAACGGCCAUGUUUCUUCAAGGUUAUAAAAAGUCUCAAUUUCUUUUACGAUUUAAAUUGAGUAUACAUUCAAUAUGAGUUUUAAGAAACUAUCUGUAGUAAUUGUUAAGGAAAAGUGAUGAUUGAAAUAAAGUUUUUAUAACAGUGUGCAAUCAGAAAACGUUUUCUGAUUUUUGGUACCUGCAAAAUUAUUCCGCUGUUAUAUUUCUUCUAUCUAUAUAUAUUUUUUUACAAUUAAUUUUUAAAAUAUUUUAAUAAAUAUCGCUUAUAGCCUUAUAUUUUGAAGGAAAUGGGAAAUUUUUAUCGUUAAAAAAUGUAUAUAGUGUUUGAAAAUUAGGCUUUGAUCUCAUGUAUCAAAUUUUUUAAAUGAGUAAAGAUAUAAUUAAUUAGAUCAGUGAAUUUAUUGAGUUACAACAUUAUGUACAUAUUAGGCAGAUAAUUUGUACAUUAUUCCAUGUAAGUACUUAGUAUAAGGAGUUAUAUGUUAGGUCUAGUGUAAAUACACUAGUGUACAAAUGUAAAGGAAAGAGCACUGGCUACAUCUUUCUUUUAUUUUUAUCAUUAUCCAUUGUCAUAGACGUUUUGUUAUUCUUUGAAUGUUUGAAACUUUGUGUUUAUUGCAGUUGCAUUAACAUAUACUAAAUAUUAAUUUGGUUUAUAAAAAAAUAAUUGUGUCCGUAAAUUAUUUACUAAAAAUAGAAUAAGAAAAGUGAUUAUAUACCAGGGUUUUGAUAUCAAAUCCACAGAUUGUAUCAGUUUUGUAGGUAUUGUUUAUCUAAGAACAAAUUUUAUGGCAAUAAAAUGUGUAUGUGUCUAAAAUAAAACAAAAUUAUAACUAAUAGA